UGAAGCUGCUGCGCCCGGGGCUAACGGAGCCCUUUCCAGGUGCUGUACAGACCACGGAAGGGACACGCUUCCCCAGACCAUGCUUUCCCUGUAGCAGGAGGAUGAGGGUUCUGUUUGGAUGUGGCCACUUUCGGCUGCUCUGGGCUGCUCUGGGCAUCUCCAUGACUCUGGGCUUCACGAUCCAGCUCUUAGGGGUCUCCUUUCAGAAAAGGGUCUUCUCGUCUAGGCUGCUUCCAGGUCCCUGGGGCCCGCCAGCCAAAGCUGCGGCGGCAGGGGAGGGAGUCCAGCCCAGCCCAGCACCCCCGUGCCAGCCACGCAAGCACCUGGUCUUCCUGAAGACCCACAAGACAGGCAGCAGCACCAUCGUCAACAUUCUGCACCGCUUUGGGGAUUCACAAGGGCUGCAGUUUGCUCUACCCGCCCGCUACCAGUUCAGCUACCCCAACCCUUUCCAGGCACGACGAGUCAAAGGGUGGCACCCCAAGGGGCGCCUGUUCGACAUCCUGUGCCAUCACAUGCGCUUCAGUCUCCUUGAGGUCCAGAGGGUAAUGCACUCUGACAGCUUCUACUUCUCCAUUGUGCGGGACCCAGUUUCCUUGGCUGAAUCGGCCUUUUCCUAUUACCGGGGUGUGGUACCUGCCUUCCGCCGUGCUGGCACUCUGCUCGAAUUUCUGGCAUCCCCACAUCACUUCUACCGGCCUGGUGAACGAGGCAACCACUAUGCCCGCAACCUGCUGUGGUUUGACUUCGGCCUGGAUCCACUGGCCAGCCAAAGCCCAGCCUUGAUCCGAGCUGCCCUUGCAGAGCUGGAGCACGUUUUCCAUCUUGUGCUUGUCACAGAGCACAUGGAUGAGUCCCUGGUCCUUUUGCGCCAUGCCCUGUGUUGGACCCUUGACGACGUGGUAGCCUUCCGGCACAACCUGCGCAGCCCUGAGUCUGUGUGCACGCUGGAGCCCAGCCACGCUGCCCGACUCCGGGCCUGGAACAACCUUGAUUGGCACCUCUACACUCAUUUCAACCGCACCUUCUGGGCCCGUGUGGAGCGCUUCGGUUAUGCCCGCAUGGCUCGGGAGAUGACCAUGCUCCAGAAGCGCCGAGCAGAGCUGAUGCAGCAUUGCCUGCAGGGUGGAGGCCCAUUGGGACCUGGAGACAUCGCUGAUGAGCACGUGCGCCCCUUCCAGUUUGGACAGGCUCCAAUCCUGGGCUAUGCCGUGCAGCCCAGCCUGGCACCUGAAGAGCAGAAAGUGUGCCAGCGCAUGGCCAUGCCCGAGCUUCAGUACAAGGACUUCCUGGAUGCUAAGCAAUUCCCUGCACCACCACUGCAAGUCAAUGUCUCCAAGUCCCAGGGGGCAAGGUAGCCGGGACAGGCCCUUGGGUCAGUGGACAAGGGUGGACAUGCUAGCUGUGUUCAGCCCUGGUGCGUGCUCUCUAGGAUUCUGUUGGUGCUCUGGCAGAGUUCGCAUAGGCUGUCUUGCGAUGUCCUGACACAACCUUGGUUUGUUCACGAUUGGCAAGGAUGCAUCUUUUUGCUAUGCUUGCAUUACCACCCGCACCCAAAGAGUGGGAUUGAAAGCUCUCCAGCAUAGGGAACCUUGAACCAAACUGCAGUUUGCUGUGACACCUGAAAACGGGUGUCAGAGCAAGGCAGAGUUGUUUCCCGUUGAUUUCUGGAGUUCCUGUACCAUGAAGCAUUCAGUCACACUCUCCAUGGGGAGGGAGGGGGAGCAGAGAGUGCGUACAGGGAAACAAGCCGCACAAACACCGGCUAGUCAAGGUGUCUAAAUGUGUCCGUGGAAGGGGCAAGGUCGCCAUCAGGAGCUGGAAUGAAAUGCCAAACAAAAUCAAAAUGCGCAACCAAAUCUGAAAAGGUCAAGAAGUCCGGGAGGUGGUACCUCUGGGAUGCAAGUAUCAACCAGGCUCAAUUCCCCUGCAAGGUUAGGGGCUCAGGCGGAGGCUGCCAGAAGCAGGUCUCACAACUUGGUAGUCCAUACGCCUCCCCGCCGUCACCUCUCUUGUAUUGGGGCUCACAACACGGCAGAGGCUGUAUUCAGGCAGGCACGGCAAACACAGCAAGGGCUGCUUCCUCUGGCAGCACUUCCUGGAGAGCAGGCCAGACACUGGCAACAUUCGCGCAGACCCUCAGUCAUAGAAGAGCAGAUUCCUUGGCUUGGGCCAAGGAACAGCAAGAACAGAAUUGGUGCGAAAGCAUCCCAAGCACCAAAUCACAUCCAAACCUGGAACCCCUAUCCCAGCAUGCCGUUCUCAGUGCUCUUGAGUGGAGCUGCUGAAUUGAGUGAAGGCCAUACCGGAAGGUGGGUUAGCUCCUGGAACACAUGCAUCUCUGCCCCAUAGAUCACGCCUCCGCCUUUGCUUUCCCUGUGCUACAUCCUGAGGGUCACCCAUGGAGCUGCCACUGCCUCAGACUGCCUACUCAGGCAGGCAGGGGCUCUCCAGGGUCUCAGGUGGAGGUCUUUCCCAUGACUUCCUGACCCUUAAUGAGAGUUGCCACCAGGGACCAACCCCGGGACCUUCUGCGUGCCAAGCAGGUGCUGUACCCUUGAGCUACACCCUGCCCGCCCCCCCCCCCCAGCUGUGAUAGUGCCAUGGGUCACAAGUCCACCUUCUUGGGCUGAGCAGGCACUUGGGGUGCUUUAUUUUUGCUAUUUUUUAUUUAGGUGAUUUACAGACUGCCUUUCCCUCUGAAACUCAAGGCGGAUUACAGAGGAUCAGCACAGUCAAUUUCAAAGAAAUUUCAAUAAACAACGCAACUGGAUAUAUAAAUGCAAAUUUAUAUAAUGCAGAGUUCACAAGCAAUUCUAAGACUGUCAUAUCAAAGAACAUAAAAACAAUUCAGUGGAAUCACACUUACAGCAACAGAGAGUACAUAGCCGUGAAGUCUGUAGUGCCUUUCCUAAUAAAUCUCUUUGAUAUCCCUUC